CUCUCUUCCUCCUCCUCCUUUUUCACUCAUCCUUCUCCUUCAACCAAUCUAACACAGAACACACUUUUCUUCUUCUUCUUCUUCUUCUUCUUCUUCAUCAUCCUUUCUUUCUUUCUCUGCUGUAAUUGAUUACAGUAGUGAUUGGUGUUGAAGGAAGCUGGUAGUUCUGUGUUAAUGGAAGCCACAACGAGGUCAUCGCCAUUGCAGGAGACCUAUAAAAACAUCCCACCAUCAUCAUCUUCCACAACCUCCCCAACCAGUUGCAGCACCAUUAAUGGCUGUCAAAUCCAUAACCCACCUCUUUCACCACUACCCAUCACCAGAUCUGACUCUUCAAACCCUUACCCCACUACCUUCGUUCAAGCCGACACCUCAACUUUCAAACAAGUCGUUCAAAUGCUCACCGGCUCCACAGACACCGCCAAACAAGCUUCGUCUCCACAAGAUCCGCCAUUGAUGAACACCACCACCACCACCAUUAAUAACAACACCAAGUCCUUUGUAAUUCCACCUAUCAAGACUACGACGCCUAAGAAACAAAGCAGCAGCUUCAAAUUGUACGAGAGAAGACAUAAUUAUAAUCUCAAGAACAGUCUCAUCAUCAACACCUUCAUGACUGCUUCUUCUUCUUCUUCUUCUUCUCCUGCUGUGAAUUUUAGUAGUAGUGGUGUUAAUCAUGGGUUCUCGCCGAGGAAGCCGGAGAUCUUAUCCCCGAGCUUGCUUGACUUCCCUAAGCUCGUGCUGAGUCCUGUUACGCCGUUGAAUGAAGACCCAUUUAACAAGUCGUCGCCGUCGACGGUCGGAAACUCGUCGGAGGAAGAGAGAGCGAUUGCAGAGAAAGGAUUUUACUUACACCCAUCACCCAUUUCUACGCCUAGAGACUCGGAGCCACAGCUCUUGACGCUUUUCCCGUUGACUUCGCCGCGAGUUUCGGGUUCUUCCUCUUAAAAAGGAAACAACUCCAUAGAGAGGGAGUUGCAGAGUAGGGUUUGAUUUGAGUUGAAUGAA